UGCGCGAAAUUCCUAGAGAAUUUAAGGAUCUCGUAGUACCAGCAUUUGGGAUUGCAGAGUCAAGGGCGUCAUCAGGAGUUAGUCCUUUUAUGUAUCGAGUUGGAGGCCAGGCAGGGCAACAUAAAAUCCUGUCGGUAAAUAAAUAAGUAAAUCUUAAUAGAAAAUGGAAGGACACGGUGUGCAGGUUGGAACCAGGUAGUGAAUAUGGAGUUCCGAGGAAGAACCUGAGGGAAAUUCAUAGAACUUCCAAUAGUCGUUAAAUUGGAGAAUGUAGUAAGUGGUAGAGUGCUUUGUUGAUACUCAUUGUUUUGGGUUCCACCCCAGCACUACUUCUAAAAGUGAAGGUUACAUGGACGAGAUGGAGGGGCAGCAAAGAAAUUAGUCAUUCAGCAAGACCCUAGGGAGAGCUGGUUAGAACUUGGGCUGGGGAAAUGGUUCACUGUUAAAGCACAUGCCCUUAAUGCAUGAGCACCAGAGUUAGUAAGAGCCGUGCAUGGCAGACCACUUGUAAUCCCAGCACUCUGGAGGUGGAAAAAGUUGAUUCUUCUAAAUACAUACAUUUAGAGAGAGAGAGAGAAGGGCAACUGAGGAAGAACCUGGCUUCGACUCUGGCCUCCCUACACAGGCACAUUAGUGCAUGGACAUCCACACAUUCGAAUAGACAUGCACAUGAAUGCAUAUUGCAUACAUAUGUCCUCCCCCCACCCCAAAAAGUGAAUUGAUGAGAAAUUAAGGUAUAAUGGAGUUUUUUGGGGGGAGGGGUAAGGAUUUGAGGGGAAAUUAGAAGAUCUUGAGAAAACCAAGACUGGUUGCACUAAGGAAAGAAUUUAUGGUUGGUUAAAUGGAAGAAUUUGGAGAAAUGUUUGGAAUCCCAAAGUUCCUGCGCCUGGGUGCCCGAGAAUGGAAUGGGAGAGCCAAGGGCAUCCAUAGCAAGAGUGAGUCGGCAACCCCAGACAGCAAUCAGAAGAGACGGACGCUGUUACAGUUCCUCUCAGACCACUUCCAUGACAUCCAGGCUCUGAGAGAGUAUCUGCUCCAGAAGCAGGUAUCAAAAGUGAACCGGAAGAAUCGAUCCUUCACUAACACCCAGGAGAAAUAUGGCCCAUAUGUCACAGGUGCCCUCUUCAUCCUGAAGCAGGGAGGCGCAGUGAAGUUUCAGGACAAGGAGUGGAUCCGGCCAAAUGACCGUGGCCAUUUUCCUGCUGAGUUCCUGAAGUUCCAGGAGGUACCUGUGGAGGCUGUGGAUGCCAGUGGCUGUGCCAUCAACUACCAGGGCAUGAGUAACCUUUCAGUGCCCCUGAAGGAGCUGCGGUCUCUGUCGCUGCAGCGCUGCCCCAAUGUGGAUGACUGGUGCCUCAGCCGCCUCUACCUACUGGCUAACUCCCUGCAGGAGCUCUCGCUGGCCGGAUGCCCCCGAGUCACAGAACGGGGCCUUGCCUGCCUCCACCACCUCCAGAACCUCCAAAGGCUGGACAUCUCAGACCUCCCUGCUGUGUCCCACCCAGGCCUCAUUCAGAUCCUGGUAGAAGAGAUGUUGCCCCAUUGUGAGGUCCUUGGUGCUGACUGGGCCCAGGGCCUGAAGCUGGAGCCAGACCAGCAGCCUCAGGACACAUCUAGCCCAGUCUCUCCCUAGCCUGUAGUCCCGCUCUUGCAGGAUCUUGUGAGGCUCUGAGGAGUGUGAUGUCUUCUCACUCUGGCUUCCAGUGGGGUUCAUUCAGCAGGAGCACUGGCAAACAAGAAGGCUGAGUCAGGGUUUUGACUGGUGUUUGCCUGCAGCUGGCAAACAGCUGGCACCAUGGCAGACAUCCCUCCAUGCACAGCUGCUCGCAGCUCCACGGUUUCUCAUUAUCCCUGUUUGUCAAGAACAUUCUCCCAAACUGUCCACAUGCAUGUCCCCAGCAACUGUGGCCGACAUGAGAUACUGCUGGCCCUUUACAGUGGUCGGUUCCUCCUUGUGCAGGGUUGGUCAGCACUACAGGUGGCCAGCAUCCUUGGCCCACAUUCAUUAAAGGCCAGCAGCACCCCAAGCCCCAUGGCAUCACCCAUUGAUUUACUGACUUGUCGAAUGUGGUUUCCCUGCUCUGUGAAAAUGUGAGCUGAGCGGCUGGGAAAAUGUUUUCUUCAGCUGGCACAACAGACUUUGUCAGUAGAGGGCGCUGGAGAUAACCCAGAGGGAUGGCCAGGACUGCGUGGAGCUUAAAGUGGUUCUCCAGCUCCCAGAUUGCAGGAUGGUUGGCACCCCUGUUGUCUGUGAAUGACUCCUGGUGUCCAUGUUACCAGUGACUGUCAUGACUCUAACACACCAUACUAGUGUAUGAUUCUUUAUAUUAAACUUUCCCUGUUCACAUUA